AAGCCCAGAAGUGCGGAUAGUGAUAUGCAUUGCUCAAAGACGACCCAGGAACAACGGUUGGUUCGAUGAGAAGUGCAAGAAGCUGACGGACGAGAAGAAGACGGAUGUUAGUGUGUGGUACUCGGCAGAAUGGACCGGUACAAGAAAGCGAGAGGAGCCGAGAAAAUAAUUCACGGCAGAAAGAAGAAACAGGAUGAGGAGAGUGUCUUAGGUACCGGCGCGAAAAUUUGCACGCAAAGGAAUAACAAUCAAUAAUAAGGAGCUGUCAAAUCAUAUGGGAAAUUUGCGUCGCGUCGCGUGACGCGUCCACUCUGGCUGUACCCUUAACUGUGGCGUAAACCAGUAUGGAAUAAAAUGAGAUGCGGAAGUUUUGCCAAAUUGUCGACGUGCGGAGAAAAACAGCGCUGCCUAUCGUCAUGCGUUAUGACGGAUUCAGCAUCAGUAACAAUGGACAAGUUGUGAAGCAUCUCCACGGAUUUUCAAUUUGUUCAACAACUGCGCAAUUGUCAGCAAACUGAAGAAGCUGCUCCGUGAUAAUUUCAGUUCAUCAAUUGGACAACAAUGGCUUCCGUCGGCCUAGAUAUGUGGAAUGAGUUCUACGACUGCACAAUGAAUCCUGGAACUCACGGCGUUCAGUACCACCUUGAUUUGUUGAAAGCGCUAUUAAUACAUCUUAAAUUGGCGGAAAAACCAUUCAAAUUGGCGAUAGAUGCAGCACGAUGCAACAACUUUGAUGACGCAGUUCUCAUUUUUAACGAUACUAACGUCAUGUGGUUGUUUCAAUGCAAACAUGGCAUAUUGAAGAAGCCCAUAUCGCAUCGAGAACUAUUCGAAACAAAGGGGCAUGAUUUUGAUUUGCGAAAGUAUCUGGUGUCGUACUUGCGCAUCAAGCAGGAAUUUCCAGGGCACAGCAAAUUCUUCUUUUUCACAAACCGGACGUUGAAUGAAAGCAACCUAGCGCCGUGGGUUAGAAUUGAGAAACGCGAUGUGGAUGAGAUGAUGAACCUCGGUGGAAGCCAUGUGGGAUUGGUGCCAGUGGAGGAAAAUAUGCCCCGAAUGAUGGACGUUUUCAACGAGGAUUUCAACAACCUCCAAAAAGGUCUGAUAGAAUUGUUCGAUUCCCCAUCGCUGGACAUUCCCGAAAGAUUAGGUAGAAUCAAAGCACCGUUAGCAGGAAUUUUGGAGAUAACGGACGACGGUUCGGUGAAAUUCGUGGAUGAAGAUUACUUUGUUUGUUCAAAACUGUACGGAUGGUUGAAAUCACACUUUAGUGCGCAAGGCAAGGAUAUCCAACAUGUGAACAGAAAACUUGGCACACAACAGGAACAUAUGCAGAAGUUGAUCAAUGGAGACAAAAGACAAUCGAUACGAGUGUGUAUUCAAGAAGAUGAAGUGAGAAACUUUUUCAAGGAACUAACAUUUUGCAUUGAUCAACCGGAAAAUUUGAUGUUGGUUUGCGAGGAAAGAAUGAAACAAAGUUGUAGGUUUUCUACUGUACAAAUUGGGUUUAUAAUACGCGAGUUAGAAAAGAAAUUCGACGAUUGGAAAAAUGAGCCAUUGAAUCAGAAAAAGAAGAAGCGGUAUUUGACCAGUACGUAUGUAACGCGGUGCUGGAAAGAAAUAAUUAGGAAUAUUCACAUGCCUAUGAACUGUAUUCUGACAGAUAUUAAAAAGCUUGGAGCUAAAGUUAUAGAAGCUAUAGAAAACGACCAUAUGGUGGGAUGUGAAUUCAAGUGUAUCACAAUUGCUAAGAAAAUCAGGGACGAGGUAUAUGAAGGAUCAAUAUUAUGGGAGUAUAACGAAUCACUGCUGCACCGUGCAGCAGAAAUAGGACAUGACGAUAUGAUAGUUACCUUAUUAGAUUCGCACCACUUUGAUGUUGAUGAUAAAUGUAUAUCAAUUCCCGGCUUCAAUUCAUACAUGGCUCUACAUUUUGCUGCCUAUCACAACCAGGUGACGACUAUGAAGCUUCUCCUUGAACAUGGUGCUCAAAUUAACGCUCACACUUCAAAUAAGUGGGUGGCUCUUCAUAUUUGUGCCGACCGUGGUCAACCGGAAGCUAUACAGCUUCUCAUUCAGAACAAGGCCGAUGUCAACGCACGAAAUGAUCAAAACAACACUCCGCUCCAUCUGGUAGCACAACGAGCGUUGACUGGAAAUGAGCAAGUACAGUUGCUGAAGCUCUUCGUUGAUAACGGUGCCGACCUAAAAGCUCGAAAUGAAAAUGGCAGAAUACCGCUGCAUAUUGCUGUUCAGAAAGGUAACAAUGAGUUUGUCGAGGCCUCUCUAUCAAUAGACAAAACUCUCGUCAGCAUUGUCGACAAGUCAGGCUAUACACCCCUGCAUAUAGCAGUGCACCAUGGUCGCAAAAGAUGUGCGAAGGUGCUGUUAGAUCUUGGAGCAGAUGCCAAUGCUCGAUCGAACAAAGGCCGAACGCCGCUGGGCCUAGCGAAAAGGAACGAACAUGCAGAGUGUGAACAAUUGCUUAUUGAUCAUGGUGCGACCACCCAUUGUUCCAAAGCCGCUGAUGAUGAUAGAUUUGCAAUACAAUUCGACCUCCCAUAUGGCUAACAAUGUUAAAAUCGUAUCACAAAUGUAUCGCAAUAUUGACGACAGGUUCUUUACAGAGUGAUGUGAGAUAGGCAGUACAAAGGCAAAAUUAUGAAUUCCCGAAGCUCACACAUAGGUAAGCAACAAGCCACAGAAGCGGCAAAUAAGAUUGGCAACCUAACUAAGACUAGGGACACCUUUGGGCUGUGUUAAGCAUUUUACCGCAAAACAAAGCCUCAGACAGAGAAGAAAAUCGCACCGGUCAGCCAGCAAGCCGCAAGCAGGGUACGACAAUUAAACCCUCGCUGCUUAUAUAAUUCAUAUUUAAAGGGCUCGGUAUUUAAAGAUACGCUAGCAACGGCCCUUAGCAUCUAGCCAGCACAGAGACAGGGGCAUAGAGAAGUUGGAAGAGGGUGAAUGUAUCAAAUUCUUCAUAAUGCUUUU